CGCUCAGACACUCGAGGAUGCGGCCGGGAGCAGCUUCUGCGGCUGGGGAUCAAGUGCACCGGUCGGUCUCGAUAGUUUUCUCGUUUCCUCCCGCAGAUAUGAGCGAGGACAGCAGACUAAACUCGCAUUCCUAGACGUCCCGUUCACUUUGGGUUUGAAAUGAAAUAGCCUACUUUGGGUUAUUUCACGUCUGAGGAUUUUAUUGUGGACUCCAAUGGCUUUUAAAGACUCCUGAGGAGGGGAUUCGACCUGGACAGAACUGUACCUAAUGUCACUUGUCAAAAUGUCCAGCUGGAGUGUGAUGGUCUGCAUGCACAGGGCUUAUGGAAUAUAGCCUGUUCUGUCACCAUUUUUACGCACUCUCUGUCAGUCCCGUGAAGAAGAAACUCGGGAUCCUCUUCGUUAUGCUGCUCCUCUGGGUCUACAUGCUGUACUCCUGCGUGGGCUACUGUGCCACUAUGCCACCAAGUUUAGUUGUGGACAAUAAUAAUAACAACCGAGCGAAGGAGACGGAUUUCCUCGGGAAACAUGCCGAGGCAGAGAGUGGCCGGCCGGACCUGAUGAUGUCCAAGCUCUUGUCCAGACCGCAGAGCUCGUGGACGGAGGUAGAGUCAGAUUAUGACGAGCCCUCGGUCCGGAGAGCUCCCAGAGACUUCUCUAAAGAUGAAGCAGACGCGGACCGGGCUGAGGAGUGGGACGACGGCAGGAGAGUUUCUCCGCUGUCGAGUUUCUCCAACGGCUCGGGCAGUAAGAAGCUGCCUCAGGCGAUCAUCAUCGGGGUGAAAAAGGGCGGAACGCGCGCGCUGCUGGAGUUUCUGCGCGUGCAUCCAGAUAUUCGCGCGGUCGGGGCCGAGCCGCACUUCUUCGACCGUAACUAUGACAACGGAAUGGACUGGUACAGGGACCUAAUGCCUAAGACCCUUGAUGGCCAGAUCACCAUGGAGAAAACACCAAGCUACUUUGUGACCCGCGAGGCUCCGGCCCGGAUCUACGCCAUGUCCCGCGACACCAAGCUGAUCGUGGUUGUCCGGGACCCUGUCACUCGAGCCAUCUCUGACUACACACAGACACUGUCCAAGAAGCCUGACAUUCCUACUUUUGAGAGCCUGACGUUCAAAAACAGGACUACAGGGUUAAUCGACACCUCGUGGAGCGCCAUUCAGAUUGGCAUCUACGCCAAACACCUGGACAACUGGCUGCAGUUCUUCCCCAUGAGCCAGAUCCUGUUCGUGAGUGGAGAGCGGCUGAUCAGUGACCCGGCCGGAGAGCUGGGCCGCGUGCAGGACUUCUUGGGGCUCAAGAGGAUCAUCACAGACAAACACUUCUACUUCAACCAGACCAAGGGCUUCCCUUGUCUCAAAAAGGCCGAGGGCAGCAGCAAGCCCCAUUGCCUGGGUAAAACCAAAGGCCGGACCCAUCCAAACAUUCACCCUGAGGUUGUGCAGAGACUUAGAGACUUCUACAGGCCUUUUAACAUGAAGUUCUACCAGAUGACUGGGCAUAACUUUGGUUGGGAUUAACCGUGAAUGGAAGACUCGUUGUUUUCUUUAUUUUUCUGUGUAUUUGAAAUGGCAAAAAGACAUUUUGAAAUGAUUGCUAUAUAUAUGUAAAAUGUACAGAAAUCUAUUUUAUAAUAAUUUAUUUUUAAUUUCUAAGCAAUUAAUUCACUAAGCUGCCUAACCAUACUGUACAUAACGUCCGGCCCAACUCUAGUCUCACCACCGACAUUCCACAUUUUUGAUUUGCUGUGCGUAUUUUCAUUCACAAUUAAUUUAAUGGUGCUUCCGAAAUUCGAAGACAGACAAAGUUUGUUACGGGUAUUGUGCAUUUACAAACCAACAGCGACUUUAUACAGCUCUGCUUGUCUAGUGAUGUGUAUCUUUGGGAAUGGACUAUAUUUCACUCUCUGACCGCAUUUCGUGUUUCAUUAAACUCCAUAUUGGCCUUCUACAUUCGACCGAUAAGCAACAGAGCUGAUCCGAUGUGUCCCUUUACUCAAUAGCAUGACGUUCAAUAGCCCUAAUUGCUACUUACAGUGACACUCAUGUUUAGAGUCGACCACUGGCCUUUCCUGUAAUGAAUGACCAAUCUGCCGAUGGCUAAAUCGUAUCUCGGACAACAGCAAGGCAGCAUGUCGACAUUAUGCUAAUCGCGUAAAAUAUCUGAACUGAUCGAUUAGCUUUUCUCCUGCCUCAGUAAUGGCCCGCUUUCCUGUCUGAAAGGUUCAAAGGUCAAGAUAGCAUUGAAAGGAACUGGAUUUGUUUAAAAGCAAGAGCCAAAUGAUGACAUAUAAGCCUCAUAGAUGGCAGGCCCCUAUCUUUAUGAAGAAGCUUUACUCAUACUAGAAUAUAAAACCCCUAACGUGAAGGAGUAGCAUUUCUCAUUCAUCCCAUCAAAACGCGUUUUCCGCCACAUCUCAGUUCUCCUCUUCUUGCCAAAUUUUAACGAGCUUGCAUCGAGAUGCCUCAUUGUUCAUCUUUUUCUCAUGCAAGCAUUCCUGUGCUUUUGUUUAUGUUUCUACUUGAAAGCACGGAAGACAGUCGGUCGCUCUUUAUCUGUGAAAUUCAUCCUGUGACCACUGAGAUGGCGGCUGUCUCGAAGGCAAAAUGAAUGACUGGGCUUCAUGCAGCUCUGGUUACUGUUCACUCAGAGCACCUGAUUCAGGAUCAGCUCACAAGGUGUAGAGUCUGAAGGGUGCAUGGAGCCAACAUGUCACUUUUUAUGCCAACAUCAUGCUGAGAUGCUGUUCCUGGGGCAGAAUUGAAGGGGUGAGGUCACAGGGAGGUUUUAAGGCAGAAUAUAGCAUUACGAAUGUACUGAAUCUUCGCCUUUUUCACCCCUGUUUAAUAUACUGGAAAAUGAAAUGCAGAGGGAAAUGUUUAUCUAAUUGUUUGUUUUUGGAUGGACGCAUUUAAAGAAAAAAAAAAAAAUUAUGAAAAAGUUCUGUAUCAGCUCACUGAUGCAACAUGCUGUGCCUCGGACCAGUCCUGUGCUAAGCCAACUUCCUUUCAUUUAGAGAGGAGAUUGUAAUAUUUAUCAGCUGUGAGGACACAGCCAUACGAUUCUUGUUGGCCUUCUAGUCUGAAUUAAGGUAAAUUUCCCAGGGCAUUUUUCCUACUUUAUUCAAUUCAUCAAGUAAUCAAAUGUUCUGAGGAGGCAAAAGAGAAACAAUGUGAACUGUAAUCAAAUUAUCAAAGCUUAUUUCUUGCAUUCACGUUGCAUUUAAAAGCAAAUCAGUUGGAUGAUGGCAGUGAAAUAGGGUCAAGCAAAUUGUCAUCAAAUGCUCACCCAUGGGCCUCCUGUGAUUUUUACCAGUGCAAUUGAGAUUUUUGGUUCAGAAACAACUGUCCCGGGAUGUUGAAGAGGAGCUUUAUUGAUCAGGCAUUUUCUGGGUAAAGUUUGUCCCUCACUGAUUACAUGUGAACUGCAUAUGAUUUCUGAUCUGUCAAAAGUUGGUAUGAGCAAAGUUUCAUAUCUUUGCUCACGGUCAGGCAGUGUGUGCUGAUGCAUCUGUUUAAUGGUUGAGUUUUAUUCAACCCCAUAGAGAUAUCCAGAUGUUAGAAAUGUUUGUCUUACUCUGAGUAUAACACAAAUACAUAGAAUAGAAAUGAUCUUUAUGUACAAAUGAUGAGGAAGACAUGUUAACCAAGUAUUUUGUGGUAUCAAAAAUUAAUUUUACACCAUGAAAGAGAAAUUGGAACAGAUGUUUCUAGAUAAUUAAAUACUCAACAUUCAUAUUUUGCUUUGUAUGAAGAAUAAAAUAAAAUAUAUAUUUUACCAAA